UUUGGUGGUUGAUGAUCUUGAGACUGUGGUUUUGGAUGCUUUGUGUUUAAGGUGAUGGUAUUAGGAAGGUGACUGGGUUGGAGAUGGGGUUUUUAUAUGUUGUUUUGAGGUUUUGGAUCCUUGGAGAUUGGACGAAAUGGAUGAGGUUGUUUUCUCGUGGCAAUGCCCAAUCUGCUCCGAAGAGAGACUCGGAGAAAGAGAGAGUGUGGUUGUUGGACAACAUAGCUUUUGGACAGACGACUCGAUGGUGGUUGAGGUUUGGAUACAGUCCGAUGGUGAUACAGCUUUGCCAUUCUCCCGAUUAUUCUUCAGAGAGCGGAGGCAUUGGCGAGAUUCUUGGAGCACAGAGCAUGGAUGAGAAGAUGGUUUCGAAGGUUUGGUUGGUCGACAUCGUUAUAACGUCGCUGUGGGGGCCAAAUUUGCGCUUUCACUCAGGGUCUGUCUGUGAGAGGGUGUUGAGGCGUCUGGUUUGUCCCGGUGCUUGUCGUGGGCCCUUGGUACUAUACUCGGGGACUCAGCUUCAGCUGGAGCAUGGGUUCUGUCUUGUAGAUGUUCAUUUUUCUAGUGUGAUAGGGAGGGUCGUAGACGUUGAAAGCUAAAGUAGGUACAUAACUUUGAGGGUGGAUGCGAAGAUGUAGCGCUACUAGUCAAGCUUCAGAAGGGGUUGUCUAGUUUUCGUCGAUAUCAACAUCAAGUUGAUUACAUGUAUUAUGAACACAUAUCAUAUCUUCACUUAUCUACUAGACAUUGCACAGCACAAUGUCCCAUCCUCACCUGCCCCUCACAACUCGCCGAAUUGAACUCGGUGAAUAUCCCCACCAAACUUCCAAACCACGCGGCUCGUGGUACCUACCUACCCACGGGGUGGAAAACGUCUCCCCAAUCACUUUGUCUACCCUAAUGCAAGUGUCCUGUCCCUCCGGUACCCCAGGGUCUGCGUGACCAACCCAAACGCCAAAACA